AGAGGAUGUCUAUACAUGUUCUUUAACCUAAGCAUCACAUAUAUCCUGGUGAGCAUUCUGAAGAAGGAGAAGAGGAGAUCUAAGGACGCUGCUGCUCAACUGGCCAACAUCUCCAAUGGCCGUUCCUUGGACCCCCAGAGUCCUUUGAGGUUAUACACAGCGUCACUGGCAGGAGACACAGAGGCAGUUGAGAAUGACCAUGGAGUGCCACCCACUCUUUAUGGGGAAAGAGCGUUCAAGCUGUCGAUGGGCAAACAGGAGGCUUUUGAGAUCUUCAGGAGAGACCAUGAAGACCGGCUGACCAUCGAGGACAACAAGGCCCUGCUCAAACAGAGGUUUGCUGAGGCUAAAGCAUAUGGGGAGGAGGUGAACGAAGCCAGAAACGGAGUCAAUAAACUGAAGAAGCAGUUGGAGUUGCAUAGGAUGCAGAGAGCCGCUCACGGUGUCACUGUUAGCCCAGCAGAGGUAGAGGAGGUAGACCCUGUGGAAGAAAACAUCCGCAGACAGAUGGAUGAGGAGAAGAAGAGUUACAAGAGCACCUUUGGCCAUCUGAAAACACUGAAGAUGGAGAUUGAGCACCUGCAGCUGCUGCUGGAGCGGUCAAAGGUGAAGCUCCAGAGAGACUUCCAGGAUUGGUGGAGCCAGGAGGCCGCCAGGCUACAGGUCCCAGAGUCAGAGGGCAUGGCUAGGGGUCAAAGUUCAAUACGGACCAAUCAGAGCUCCGAGUCGUCCUCUCCUAGCCAUCCAAUGACCAGAGCCCUGUCCUCCACUGAGCUCUCAAAGUCCUUCUUCCCUUUGACUGGAGACCAGCAGACAGACGCAGACAUCCUGGGCUUCAUUAGGGCCCGACACAACCUGCUCAACAGGACAGGGCCACCUCUGCCAUGACCAAAAUGCUUGUCUUGUGGCUGCAUCCCGAGCAGAAGUGAAGGAGUGCCACCCGGGAACAUCUGAAUGUGUUCGACACACAUAGGAUCUAUGCGAUUGGUGCCUAAUGAACUCAACCCAGAUGCUCUCACAUGUCCACAUGAAACCCAGGCCUCAAUUAUGUUAGAAUGGAUGUUGGUUGGAUGAAAGGGAACUGGAGGAAGACUAAAAUUCACUCACACACACACACACACACACACACACACACACACACACACACACACACACACACACACAGACCCAAUUUCUCUCUCAGACAUACAAACACACACACUCACCCACUCUCACAAACACUAGUGGUGUGUGGGUCAUCCCUGUUAGUGAGCAUUUCUCCUUUGCCAAGAUAAUCCAUCCACCUGACAGGUGUGGCAUAUCAAGGAGCUGAACUUCUUCGGGAUCGGUGCCCCUUCCAUGGGACGGUUGAGCUAACAUA